AUGAAUCCUCGCAUACUGCACAAGCCCAGAAACUGUUCAUAUAGCCUACUAUGCACAAUUUCACAGUUUAAUGCAGUAUGUGCUGACAUAUUAAGUGAUUUCCAGCAUGAUUUCAGGCGACGUCGAAUUACCAUGUCACCAGCACUACAGUUUGUCCGUAAUGUACUUGAAAAAAUAAAUGAAAAAUCCCAAGCAACAGGAGUAUUCCUGGACCUCUCAAGGGCUUUUGUUAGAGUACAUCAUGAUGCCAUCUCAUCAAAAAUUGCAAAGAGUGGCGUCACUGGAAAACUCAUGCAAUUGCUAGAAACAUAUUUAAAGGGCAGUGCAUGGAGAUUAUGUACUAUUAUGGAGAAAUACUGGAUAGGAGAAGGUCAAGUAUAA